AUGGAGGCACCGGCUGGAGAGUCCCCGGCCCGGGGUUGCGGCCCUCCGCCCGCGCCCACCCCGGAGAGGAAGAAGAGCCACCGUGCGCCGUCGCCGGCCCGGCCCAAGGAUGUGGCCGGCUGGUCACUAGCCAAAGGCCGCCGCGGCCCAGGCCCCGGUGCAGCCGCUGCCUGUAGCGCCGCGUCCUCGGCGCGUCCGGACAAGAAGGGGCGCGCAGUGGCUCCCGGGUCUCGGGGUGCAGGGGCGCGAGUGGCCGGGGUCCGCACGGGAGUCCGUGCCAAGGGUCGCCCGCGCCCAGGUGCCGGGCAGCGACCGCCACCCCCGCCACCCAGCCUUACGGACAGCAGCUCCGAGGUGUCCGACUGCGCGUCGGAAGAGGCGCGCCUGCUGGGCCUGGAGCUGGCCCUGAGCAGCGACGCCGAGUCGGCGGCCGGGGCCCGCACCGGGCAGCCACCCCAGCCCGUGCAGUCGGCUCAGCAGCCCCCGAGGCCGCCCGCCUCCCCCGAUGAGCCGUCGGUGGCCGCGUCGUCGGUGGGCAGCAGCCGCCUGCCGCUCAGUGCCUCGCUCGCCUUCUCCGACCUCACCGAGGAGAUGCUGGACUGCGGGCCCGGAGGCUUCGUGCGCGAGCUGGAGGAGCUGCGUUCGGAAAACGACUAUCUCAAGGACGAGAUCGAGGAGCUGCGGGCCGAGAUGCUGGAGAUGCGGGACGUGUACAUGGAGGAGGACGUGUACCAGUUGCAGGAGCUGCGGCAGCAGUUAGACCAGGCCAGCAAGACCUGUCGCAUCCUGCAGUACCGGCUCCGCAAAGCCGAGCGUCGGAGCCUGCGUGCCGCCCAGACUGGCCAGGUGGAUGGAGAGCUCAUUCGAGGCCUGGAGCAGGAUGUCAAGGUCUCCAAGGACAUCUCCACCCGGCUGCACAAGGAGCUUGAGGUGGUGGAGAAGAAACGGCUGCGGCUGGAGGAGGAGAACGAGGAGCUCCGGCAGAGGCUCAUCGAGACGGAGCUGGCCAAGCAGGUGCUGCAGACAGAGCUGGAGCGGCCGAGAGAGCACUCCUUGAAGAAAAGAGGAACCCGCUCACUGGGGAAGGUGGAUAAGAAGCCUUCGGCACAGGAGGACAGCGCAGACCUGAAGUGCCAAUUACACUUUGCCAAGGAGGAGUCGGCCCUCAUGUGCAAGAAGCUCACCAAGCUGGCCAAGGAGAACGACAGCAUGAAGGAGGAGCUGCUCAACUACCGCUCUCUCUACGGCGACCUGGACGCCGCCCUGUCCGCCGAGGAGCUGGCCGACGCCCCGCACUCGCGGGAGACCGAGCUCAAGGUGCACCUGAAGCUGGUCGAGGAGGAGGCCAACCUGCUGAGCCGCCGCAUCGUGGAGCUGGAGGUGGAGAACCGGGGCCUGCGGGCCGAGAUGGACGACAUGAAGGACCACGGCGGGGGUCCCGAGGCUCGGCUGGCCUUCUCGGCGCCGGGCGGCGGCGAGUGCGGGGAGAGCCUGGCCGAGCUGCGGCGGCACCUGCAGUUCGUGGAGGAGGAGGCGGAGCUGCUGCGCCGCUCGUCGGCCGAGCUGGAGGAUCAGAACAAGCUGCUGCUGGCCGAGCUGGCCAAGUACCGCUCGGAGCACGAGCUGGACGUGACGCUGUCGGAGGACAGCUGCUCGGUGCUCAGCGAGCCGUCGCAGGAGGAGCUGGCGGCCGCCAAGCUGCAGAUCGGCGAGCUCAGCGGCAAGGUGAAGAAGCUGCAGUACGAGAACCGCGUGCUGCUCUCCAACCUGCAGCGCUGCGACCUCGCCUCGUGCCAGAGCACGCGCCCCGCGCUGGAGACGGACGCCGAGGCCGGGGACUCGGCGCAGUGCGUGCCCGCGCCGCCAGGGGACGCGCGCGAGCCGCACGCCGCGCGCCUCUGCCGGGCCCGCGACGCCGCCGCCGCCGCCGCCGCCGCCGCCGCCGCCGCCGCCGCCGAGGCGCUGCCCGGGCUGCGCGAGCACGCCGGCCUCGUGUGCAAGGCCAUCGACGUCCUGGCGGCCGACGCCAACGGCUUCUCGGCGGGCCUCCGGCUGUGCGUGGACAACGAGUGCGCGGACUUCCGGCUGCACGAGGCCCCCGACAACAGCGAGGGCGCCCGGGACGCCAAGCUCACGCACGCCGUGCUCGUGCGCCUGGGCGUGCUGCAGCAGGAGCUGGCGGCCUUCGCGCGCAAGGCCGACGCCGCCCUGGGCGGCAGGGAGCAGCCCGAGCCCUUCCCCGCCCUGCCCCAGGGGCCUGCCAAGGAGAUCUUGCUGGCCAAAGACCUUGGCUCUGACUUCCAGCCGCCUGACUUCAGGGACCUGCUGGAAUGGGAGCCCAGGAUCCGAGAGGCCUUCCGUGCUGGUGACUUGGACUCCAAACCUGACCCCAGUCGGAACUUCAGACCUUACCGAGCUGAAGAUAACGAUUCCUAUGUCUCUGAGAUCAAGGAGCUUCAGCUGGUGCUGGCCGAAGCCCAUGACAGCCUCCGGGGCUUGCAGGAGCAGCUGUCCCAGGAGCGGCAGCUCCGGAAGGAAGAGGCUGACAACUUCAACCAGAAAAUGGUCCAGCUGAAGGAGGACCAGCAGAGGGCGCUGCUGAGGCGGGAGUUCGAGCUGCAGAGUCUGAGCCUCCAGCGAAGGCUGGAGCAGAAGUUCUGGAGCCAGGAGAAGAACAUGCUGGUGCAGGAGUCCCAACAGUUCAAGCACAACUUCCUGCUGCUCUUCAUGAAGCUCAGAUGGUUCCUGAAGCGCUGGCGGCAGGGCAAGGUCCUUCCCAGCGAGGGGGAUGACUUCCUGGAGGUAAAUAGCAUGAAGGAGUUGUACCUGCUGAUGGAGGAAGAGGAGAUGAGCGCCCAGCAUUCAGAUAACAAAGCUUGCACGGGAGACAGCUGGCCACAGAACACGCCCAACGAAUACAUCAAGACUCUGGCUGACAUGAAGGUGACGCUGAAGGAGCUGUGCUGGCUGCUCCGGGACGAGCGCCGUGGUCUGACCGAGCUUCAGCAACAAUUUGCCAAGGCCAAGGCCACCUGGGAGACAGAGCGCGCAGAGCUCAAGGGCCAUGCCGCUCAGAUGGAGCUGAAGGCCGGGAAGGGUGCCGGGGAGCGGCCGGGCCCGGACUGGAAGGCGGCCCUGCAGAGGGAGCGCGAGGAGCAGCAGCACCUCUUGGCCGAGUCGUACAGCGCCGUCAUGGAGCUGACGCGGCAGCUGCAGCUGAGCGAGCGCCACUGGAGCCAGGAGAAGCUGCAGCUGCUGGAGCGGCUGCAGGGCGAGAAGCAGCAGGUGGAGCAGCAGGUGAAGGAGCUGCAGAACCGCCUGAGUCAGCUCCAGAAGGCUGCUGAGCCAUGGGUCCUGAAGCACUCAGACCUGGAAAAGCAGGACACCAGCUGGAAAGAGACACGAAGCGAGAAGCUCCACAACAAGGAAGCUGUUUCUGAAGCUGAGCUUGGGGGAACUGGCUUAAAGAGGACCAAAUCUGUUUCCUCCAUGUCUGAGUUUGAAAGUUUGCUUGACUGUUCCCCCUACCUUGCCGGUGGAGAUGCCCGGGGCAAGAAGCUGCCCAGCGGCCCUGCCUUUACCUUUGUGACCACCGAGGCAGUGGAGCCUGAGAAAGACAGCAAGGAAAAGCCUGGGCUUUCACCCCAGGACUGCAACCGCCUGGGCGCCCUGGCCUGCCAGGAACCCGCAGGGAGGCAGAUGCAGCGCAGCUACACGGCCCCCGACAAGACAGGCAUCCGAGUCUACUACAGCCCGCCAGUGGCCCGGCGCCUGGGCGUCCCUGUGGUUCAUGACAAGGAGGGCAAGAUCCUCAUCGAGCCUGGCUUCCUCUUCACCACGGCCAAGCCCAAAGAGUCGGCCGAGGCCGACGGGCUGGCCGAGAGCUCCUACGGCCGGUGGCUCUGCAACUUCUCCCGGCAGCGCCUGGAUGCGGGGUCCGGGGGGAGCGCCUCGGCAGCCGGUGCUGCCUUCCCCGCGGCCCUGCACGGCUUCGAGAUGUCAGGCAACAUGAGUGACGACAUGAAGGAGAUCACCAACUGCGUGCGGCAAGCCAUGCGCUCGGGCUCACUGGAGAGGAAGGUGAAAAGUACGUCUAGCCAGACGGUGGGUCUGGCCAGUGUGGGCACACAGACCACCCGCAUGGUCAGCGUGGGCCUGCAGACCGACCUGCCCCGCAGCAGCCUCCACAGCAAGAGCUGGUCACCCCGCAGCUCAUCGCUCAUGUCCGUGCGCAGCAAGCAGAUCUCCUCCUCCCUCGACAAGGUCCAUUCCCGCAUUGAGCGGCCGUGCUGCUCGCCCAAGUACGGCUCGCCCAAGCUCCAGAGGCGAUCGGUGUCCAAGCUUGACAGCACCAAGGACCGCAGCCUGUGGAACCUGCACCAGGGCAAGCAGAACGGCUCGGCCUGGGCCCGCUCCACUACCACGCGGGACAGCCCCGUGCUGAGGAACAUCAAUGAUGGGCUCUCUAGCCUCUUCAGUGUGGUGGAGCACUCAGGGAGCACAGAGUCUGUCUGGAAACUGGGUAUGUCCGAAGCCCGGGCCAAGCCGGAGCCUCCCAAGUACGGCAUCGUACAGGAGUUCUUCCGAAACGUGUGCGGUCGGGCCCCGAGCCCCACCGCCACGGCAGGAGAGGAGAGCUCCAAGAAGCCAGAGCCUCUCUCCCCUGCCAGCUACCAUCAGCCUGAAAGCGUAGCCCGGAUCCUGAACAAGAAGGCAGCCAAGCCGAGCAGCAGUGAGGAGGCCAGGCCCACUAUGCUGUCCCAGGUGGGAAAGGACGGUGUCCUCCGGGAUGGAGAUGGAGCCUUUGUUCUUCCCAGUGAGGAUGCUGUUUGUGACUGUAGCGCCCAGUCUCUCGCCUCCUGUUUUGCCCGGCCACCACGCAGUGCCAUCCGCCACUCUCCUUCCAAGUGCAGGCUGCACCCUUCCGAGUCCGGCUGGGGCGCGGAGGAGAGGGCCGCCCCACAGUGAGUCACAGAGCAACCGAGCCCCUGCCUCAGCCCAGCCUCUAGAGAUGAAGUGAGGGGCUGCGUCCUCUGCCUUGCUGCACCCAGAGGGACAGCAGCUAUUAUUGCCAGAGAGGAGCUUUUGCAUCAAGGUAAAGCAGGGUCUCCCACCGACUGCUAGGUGGUGACCCCUGACUUCCGAGUAAAGGCAAUGAGCAGGAGAAAGACCAAGACUGGGUGACCAGGACUGGGCCUCGGAGGCACCCUGUGAGCUCCAUCAGGAGCUGGCUCUGGGUCCCCAGGGAGACCUGGCUUUACCUACAUCCACUUCUUGGAAGUGCCCAGGAGAAGAGGCUCCGGCCAGGCCCUGGGACCUGGGCUUACAUAGAUGCGUCCUACUGAGCACGCAUCCCUUCUCCAGGGAGGAGAUGUCACCGAGAAGACGGGGUUUUGCUCAGGGCCCAGCUUGGAGCUCUUGGCAGAGCUGGGCUGGGCGGCCUCACCAGCGCCUCUUUCCCUACCUCCUCCCCGCAGCCCUGCCACUCUGGUUGCUGGGCCUCUAGGGGAUAUGAUAGGGCAGCAGCCAGGCUCUGCUUAGAGUCCUGGAGCUCUGGAUCCCCCUGCUCGUGCCCAGACGCAGCAAGAGCUGGGGAACAGGAACAGGCAGGAGUGUGUAGGACCUGGGGUUGGGAGCUGUAGGAACUGCCUCCCUUGCCAGGAGACUCUAUGAAAACAAAAAUCGGUAACUGAGUCCAUUUCAAGACCUGAUGCACAGAAAAAUGCCAACAUGCCAUGCCUUGAUCCCUGGGGCCUCUUUUCCUGGCACCGGGGAGGGGCACUAUAGCCCCCCUGUGUUUACAUCCUGCAGCUGGUGGAGCCCAAAAGUGCUCCCUUUGAGGCCAGGGAGAAUGCCAACAGGCCAAUGUCCCAGGACACAGCCCAAGACGAGGGCCGGGAAACACAUUUCUUGCCUAGAUUGUUUAUUUGAAUUUUUCAUAUUAUAAGUAUUUAAGGUAGUUUAUUUUAAUAAUUUAAUUUACCCCAAAGGUCCUAAGAUAAUUUAUUAGAGGAUGAGACAUGUAUUUUUACCACUGGGACAGUGUGGGGCUCCUAACAUCAUAGAAAGGCAUGGGGUCCCCCAUGUGAAUGCGGCAGUUCAACACCGGGCUUGGGUCUCCUGGUCACUUGGAAGGGCCCCUCAGCAGAGCUGGGGUCCUUAAGGUUGCUCCCCAAUACCACUGACCAUUCAGCCUCAGAGCACUAUGUUUUACUCAGCAUCCGGUACUUGGCCCGACCUCCAGAGGUCAGACUGUGAAUGCUUCGGACAGGGUGACAGGCCAGACUGAUGUCACCGCUCCCCAAACAUCCUCCAUGACCCUUCUCAUCUUAACUCCUCCUCUCUUGAGUCCAAACAUGGAUGACUGCUGCUCUGUUAGGAGCGCAGCAACCACCCCCCCUCCGAGUUACCCAAAUGAGAAUUCACAGGAAAACAGGAUGGACUUUGAGAAUGUUGUCUAUUGCAGCUUUGCACACGGACCUGAGAGAGUCUACCAGUCUGCCAGCCCGUUCACCAGCCUGUCUCUUAGCCUUACGGCCGCUCCUGGCUUUUCCCCUCCCCCAGCUCCACUGCCUGCCCUUCCCACGCUCCCGGGACCUGGAGCCUCCAGAGCCGCGCCGUGAUUGCAGUGUGGCUCGCCACAGUGCUGGGAGGGGGCUUGCAGGCCUCUCCCGUUGGUGCCAAUGAACCCGUUUCAGUUGUACACACAGCGUACAGCCCUCUCGUCACUGGCUGGGAACUGGACUUACAUCCAGGAAGGACUGGCGUAUGUGCAGAUGCCCCAUCAGAAAGGCCAAGAGCCAAAGGCAUUGCUCGUUUGCCCAUGUCUUGGGAGGCACCUCCGUUCUUCCACCUGCGGGUUCCCUGCCCACCCUUUCUUUCAAGGAUGCUGGACCAGUUACCCAAAGCCCUUCAUUCAGCCCCAUACUACUGUGGGUCAUGUCCAUCCCACCAGCCACUUCCUCGUGCCCCGGUGACUUAACAUGAGCAGAGCCUUCAAGCCAGUCGACCGCGCGCCCAUUGCAUCCAUGAUGUCGCGGCUCCCACCCAAGAGGUCAGGGGCCCCUCUAUGGUUAUCUCCAGCUGAGGGGAUUCACACCAGGCCACAAGCCACCAGAGGCCUUCUGCCACCUCCCAGGGCCACCGUGGGCCAGGGAGGCUGUGCUCUUGGCUUUGGGGAGAAGUCCCCGUAGACCUGAACCCCAGGGCCUGCAAAGCCUUACCAUCAUAUCUCCAUCUGGGGUUGUCGUGUGCGUUUUCCUCGUUUUGACACCUGGCUCCCACACCUCGCCAGGUCUUAGUUUUCAGUGAGGUCUCAGGUUCCACUUCUUGCGUGCCACUGUGCGAGGUCACCUGUCAACCGUUCUACAGAAGCCUCUGGACCUGGGGCUCGAUGGGGUUGAAAAUGUUAAGUGUAAAUAUUGCUUUGGUUUGAUUUUUAGCGUUUUACUUGGUAACUGGUUGUGUUUUCUUUUUUGGGGGGUGGGAGGGUUAGUUUGUAAAAACUCCCUACUCUUUUGGAAUGUAA